AAAAACAGAACAAAAAGUAAAAGUUUGGAAAACUAUACAUUAGUAUUUUGAGGUUUUUCUUAUUCAACUAACUUAAACAUUCGAUGACAUGAAAACAGAAAGAGCUAGAACAGUCCCAUGAAUGUAUUGCAUCUGAUACAACAUUGUAUGUAUGAGUUGAGAUAACUGGUUUGAUCCUAAUUGAUCCGAAACACCUGAUCUUAUAGUUAGAUUAAAUUUUAACUCAGUUAAAAAAAGAAAAAAAUGAUUCUCACACAUCAACCAAAACUAAAGCAAAUUUCAAAUUUACUAUGUCAAGUGUGAGUUUAAAAUUGGAAUUUGUAAUAUAAGUUCUUCUAAACAGGCUAAACUAAUAAAAAUAUAUUAUAUUUAAUUUAAAUUAUUUAUUUUAAAGUAAAUGUUGUGAUAAAGUAAUUACUAGUUAAUUGUUUUCUUAAACUGUACGGAAAAUUCUAAACCAUAUUAUUUAAAAUAAAAAAUAUAUUUUAUUUUGAUUAUUGCUCGACCUAGCUAAAUCGAAAUCUACUAAGGGGGUGUAUUCAACUAAGAGUUUCAAAUGAUUUAUAUUAAAAUGACAAAUCCAGUGUUAUUCAAAUGAGGAUUUUUAAAAAAUACUUUCAAAUCGAGUGUUAUUAAACUUGUCAUUUUAACAAACACUCUGAAAUCUACUUUUAUUGAACAAAAUUUAAGUUGAAAAUUUUAGAAUGCUUUAAAUGUUUUUAGAGUGUUUGAAAGGGAUUUCUUAGUUAUAAAAAUAAAAAUCACACCAAAUCAAAUUUCAUGAUUUUAGACGAAAUUCUAGAGUUAUUUAACAAAAAUCACACCAAAUUCUAAUAUUCUCUUAAAAUCAUCUAAAAACUCACUAAAAUCAAAUCACCUCAAAAUUCCUAUUUGAUACACUCCCCCUAAAAGCAGAAUUCAAUGCAUAAGAAACAAAACAAUACUAAUAUUUACGAUCGCGUUAAAAUAAAAAAAAUAUAGCACCCAUUUAAUAUCUAAAAAAAUGAUUACAUCACUCUUCAGAAGAACAUCCAUGAAAAUGUCAGAGCCCUUUUACACUCUGCUCUAUAUAUAUACUCAUAACCUCAAACCAUAGAUCCAUCAAGAAUCUUCCUCUCAUUCUCUUAGCUAAACCCUACUAAAAGCCCUCACUAGCUUCUCCAAAGCUCGCAAGCAAUGGACGUCGAAGGCAAAGGAGAAGAAUCUCGAACCACCACCACCACUCGGAGGUUCGCACUUCCGGUGGACUCCGAGAACAAGUCAACAACGUUCCGCCUCUUCUCCGUCGCUAAGCCUCACAUGAGAGCUUUCCACCUCUCGUGGUUUCAGUUCUUCUGCUGCUUCGUCUCCACCUUCGCUGCUCCCCCUCUCCUCCCGGUCAUCCGCGAGAACCUCAACCUCACCGCCACUGACAUCGGAAACGCCGGUAUCGCCUCCGUGUCCGGCUCAGUUUUCGCUCGUCUCGUCAUGGGCACGGCUUGCGACCUCUUCGGCCCGCGCCUCGCCUCCGCGGCUUUAACCCUCUCCACCGCUCCCGCCGUGUACUUCACGGCUGGGAUCAAGUCGCCGAUAGGGUUUAUCAUGGUCCGGUUCUUUGCGGGGUUCUCGCUCGCUACUUUUGUCUCGACGCAGUUCUGGAUGAGCUCUAUGUUCUCCGGACCUGUCGUGGGCUCGGCUAAUGGUAUCGCCGCCGGGUGGGGAAACCUCGGAGGAGGCGCGACGCAGCUGAUCAUGCCGCUCGUGUUCUCGGUGAUCCGGCAGAUGGGAGCCACUAAGUUCACGGCUUGGAGGAUCGCUUUCUUCAUCCCCGGUCUCUUUCAGACCUUCUCUGCCUUCGCCGUUCUCUUGUUCGGUCAGGAUCUCCCUGAUGGAGAUUAUUGGGCAAUGCACAAAUCUGGAGAGAAAGAGAAAGAUGAGGUUGGGAAAGUGAUCACUCAUGGCAUCACCAACUAUAGAGGAUGGAUAACAGCAUUAGCAUAUGGCUAUUGCUUUGGAGUUGAGCUCACAAUAGACAACAUCAUAGCUGAAUAUUUCUUUGAUAGAUUCCACUUAAACCUCAACACAGCUGGGAUUAUAGCAGCCAGUUUCGGCCUAGCCAACUUUUUCGCUAGACCCGGAGGAGGUAUCCUCUCGGAUCUAAUGGCGAGACGGUUUGGUAUGAGAUGAAGGUUGUGGUCGUGGUGGAUUAUUCAAACACUAGGAGGUGUCUUGUGUGCAUCUCUUGGACAAAUUGAUUCCUUGACUGGGUCUAUAGUUGUUAUGCUCAUCUUCUCUGUCUUCGUCCAAGCUUCUUGUGGACUUACCUUUGGCGUUGUUCCAUUUAUUUCUAGAAGAUCUCUUGGGGUGAUAUCGGGAAUGACAGGAGCGGGAGGCAAUGUUGGUGCGGUCUUAACUCAACUGAUAUUCUUCAAAGGGUCAACAUACUCUAGAGAGACCGGUAUAACUCUAAUGGGGAUAAUGUCUAUCGCGUGUACUUUACCAAUAUGCUUGAUUUACUUUCCACAAUGGGGAGGUAUGUUUUGUGGACCUUCUUCCAAGAAAGUAACUGAAGAAGAAUAUUACCUCGCUGAGUGGAGCUCUAAAGAGAAAGAAAAGAACCUACAUCUUUCAAGCCAGAAAUUUGCGGAGAACAGUGUUAGCGAAAGAGGCCGUGCCACAACUCAUCCUCAAUCUUGAUAAAUAACUGUUCUAUCUGUUUGCUUGUUUGUGUGUAUGCUUUUGUGUUCUUUUCUUUGCUUGUGCUCUCCAUUUCUUGAUUUUCUUUGUUCUCCUGUGAUAAGCUGUGUAUGUAAUGUAGUACCUACCGGUUACUGUUUUCUUUUUAUGGGGGUACUUUGUAAAAGUUUGUUUAUCAUGGAAAGAACCAUCGUUUUUUCAUUUUAUAUAGUACUUUGUAUA